UCUUAUGGGGCUUGUCGUGGUCUGUGUGUCUUUAAGUGCUUUGUUGAAGACACCUCAUGAUCAUUCUAGCAGCUAUUGUAAUGUAAUGCAUAUACCGUUAACUCUGGCCAUUCACUGGGGUGAGAGUGGGUGGAAGGUGGUAAUGUGGGGGAGGUGACCAAGGGCCCAGAUAAGAGAGUGAGGAAGGCCGGAUUCAGGUUUGUGUAUCUGGCUGGGUGAAGGAGGUGAAGGAAUCUGCUGCUGUUUCGUUUUCAUCAUGGCUGCUGUGCAAACAGACGUUUCCCUGUGGUCGCAACCUUGGGAGAGGCCUUUGUCCAUCUACGGAGGGUUGGUGUGUAACUCGCUGAUGGCUGACUUCUGGUCUGACAGAACUCCGCUCCAUGAAGCGGCCUUUCAGGGCAGACUCCUCCACCUCAGGGCCCUUAUCGCUCAGGGCUUCCAUGUUGACACAGUCACCAUGGACGGGGUCACGCCGCUCCACGAGGCUUGCCUCGGGGGUCGUUACGCUUGUGCCAAGUUUCUUCUGGAUAAUGGAGCAAAUGCAAUGGCAGUGUCAACAGAUGGCGCCACACCUCUCUUCAAUUCCUGCAGCAGCGGGAGCGCUGCCUGCCUCAAGCUCAUCCUGCAGCACAGUGCCUCCAUCCACACCACCUACCAGCUGGCAUCUCCAAUCCACGAGGCUGCCAAGAAAGAUCACAGAGAGUGCCUGGAGCUGCUGCUGGCCCAUGGAGCUCAGAUUGAUCUGGAGCUGCCUGACGUUGGGACGCCGCUCUACUCUGCCUGCAUGUCCCGGGCUGCAGCCUGCGUAGAGGUGCUGCUGUAUUCAGGAGCAGAUGUUCAGAUCGGAUGCGGGCCGGACAGUCCUCUGCAUGCUGCAGUUUUGGGGGGAGGAGCUGACGUUGUGCAUCUUCUCCUGGACUUUGGAGCUGAUGGGUGUCGCAGGAACGCUGAGGCGAAGACUCCUCUUGAUCUGUCGAAGCCAAACAGCUCAGUGAGAGCUGCACUGCUGAGCAGAGGUCCCUGCUCUCUGUCUCAGCUCUGUCGCUUACGUAUUCGUCGAAGUCUCGGAAAGAGUCGUCUGCACAGGGCCUCGAGCCUCUUUGUCCCUCACAGUAUCAAGGACUUCCUCCUCUACCAAUGACACAUCUCUGCCGUCCUUUGCUUUUUU